AAUACGUUACUAGUUGAGUAGUACGGAUGUUAUUUCCCGUUCAGUCUAGCGAGGAGACCUUGUUGGUGAGUGUGCAGCUGUUUCCAGUCAUGCUGUGUUGUGCGAGUAUGAAGAAAGGCGCUUGGGCUGCAGCAGGUUUGCACGAGGUCGAAGUGUACAGCACUACUUGGCGAAAGUUUGCAGCGGAGUUCAUAGGAACAUUCCUGUUGGUCCUCGUAGGAUGUGGCUCUACCACUGUAGCUUGGUCUGAAGGAUACAAGCCAACGACUGUUCAAAUUGCACUGGCCUUCGGUCUGAUUGCAUGUGUUGUUCAGUGCCUGGGCCAUGUGAGCGGCGCGCACGUAAACCCAGCAGUAACAGUGGGCCUGUUGUCAGCCGGCCAGGUUUUCCUUCUGAGGGCCGUGAUGUACAUAGCUGCCCAGUGUGCUGGCGCAAUCGCUGCUGCUGUUGUCCUCAAGGCGCUGACACCAGAGGAGUCUGAGUCGACAUUAGGUGUGACGGCAGUCAGCCCACAUUUGACGCUGACGCAGGCGGUCUUCGUGGAGGCUUUCAUAACAUUCUUCUUGGUGAUGACGGUGUUAGGCGCCAGGUCUGCGAGAGGCAGUGCUGGAUUUGCCAUUGGCUUAUCCAUCACGACAUGCCACCUGUUCGCGAUGCAGUACACAGGUGCUAGCAUGAAUCCGGCUCGCUCACUUGGGCCUGCAAUGGUGAGCGGUGUGUGGCACAAUCACUGGGUGUACAGGAUGGGACCAGUCGCAGGAGGCAUUGCAGCUGGCGCCAUGUCCAGUUGUGUCUUCAGACCAAGUGUCCCUAAAGCACCAGUCAGACCAACUAGAGACUCUGAACGCAGGCCCCUACUUUCAUGAAAUCGCAUUUGUCUUAAACUGCUAAGGCUGUUGAUAAAGAAAUUAUCUGUAGAAUGUUCCCUGUUAAGAAUCUGAAAUAUUCAGCUCUCUGGUGUUAACGCAAAUGUCAAAUUUAUCACUCUGAAAUAUAUGGUGAUCCAAAGUUAGUGUUCAAUUUUACCUACUUGACUUUGUUACUACUCAAAGGAUUGUCAUUUACAACAUAUAUCUUCAAAAUUCUUGAACUAUUUAUGAUACGCAGCUAGUUUACGGAUUCUCGAGGUAAGAGGCAACGCAAUUCUUCAUACGCAAGUUACGCUGCAGUAUUUCUACGCUUCAGAGACAGUCAGAACUUUAUGGCCAUGUAA